CAUUCAAAUCCAUCCACUAACAUUUUUCUAAAUUCUACUCAACAAAUUAAGUGAGGGCUGAAAAUGGAUUCUUGGAUGAUUAGGGCUUUCAUUCUCGCUGCUUGCUUGCUUCCUAUGAUGGUCGAAUCUAGAGUUCGCCAUUACAAGUUCAACGUGGUAAUGAAAAAUACUAGUCGCUUGUGUUCGACGAAACCAAUUGUUACUAUAAAUGGGAACUUUCCAGGACCAACCAUUUAUGCGCGAGAAGACGACACAGUGCUAGUUAAGGUGGUCAACCAUGUCAACUACAACGUCUCCAUCCAUUGGCACGGAAUCAGGCAGCUUCGGACAGGGUGGGCCGAUGGGCCUGCAUAUAUCACCCAGUGUCCGAUUCAGACUGGCCAAAGCUUUGUCUACAACUUCACCAUCACGGGCCAGAGAGGCACGCUGCUUUGGCACGCUCACAUCCUGUGGCUCAGAGCCACCGUCCACGGCGCCCUCGUCAUCUUGCCUAAGCUUGGGAUUCCUUACCCUUUCCCCAAACCUGACCACGAACGAGUCGUCAUCCUCGCUGAAUGGUGGAAAUCGGACACCGAAGAUGUGAUCAAUGAGGCCAUGAAUUCCGGGCUCGCCCCCAACGUCUCCGAUGCCCACACCAUCAACGGCUAUCCCGGGCCUUCCCCUAAUUGUUCCUCCAUAGAUGGGUACCAACUAGAUGUUAGAGCGGGCAAAUCAUACCUCCUCCGCCUAAUCAACGCUGCGCUGAACGAAGAGCUCUUCUACAAGAUCGCCGGCCACAAUUUCACCGUCGUGGAAGUCGACGCCACUUACGUGAAACCCUUCCAGACCGACACCGUGGUCAUCGCCCCGGGCCAAACCACCAACGUCAUCAUCACGGCCAACAAGCGCGGCGGCAAGUUCGCCAUGACGGCCUCCACCUUCAUGGACACCCCCGUGGUGGCCAUCGACAACGUAACCGCCAUGGCCACGCUCCACUACUCCGGCACGCUCUCGGCCAGCCCCACCACUCUGACCGCCACCCCGGCCCGCAACGCCACCCCCGUGGCCGACACCUUCGCCACCUCCCUCCGCAGCCUCAACUCCAAAACCUACCCCGCAAACGUCCCGCAAAGGGUGGACCGCUCGCUCUUCUUCGCAGUCGGGCUCGGCGUCAACGCCUGCCCGACCUGCAAAGCCGCCAACGGAAGCCGAGUGGUCGCGAGCGUCAACAACAUCACGUUUGUGAUGCCGACCACCGCUUUGCUCCAGGCACAUUUCUUCAACAUCACGGGAGUCUACACCACCGACUUCCCCGGGAACCCGCCCACGCCCUUCAACUACACCGGCGCCCCGCCGCAGGGCUUGGCCACCACCACCGCCACCAAGGUUUACCGGCUGCCGUACAAUGCCACGGUUCAGGUGGUUUUGCAGGACACCGGGAUCAUCGCGGCUGAAAACCACCCCGUUCAUCUCCAUGGAUUCAAUUUCUUCGUAGUGGGCAAAGGAUUGGGGAAUUUCAACUCGAAAACGGAUCCGAAAAAGUUCAACCUGGUGGAUCCGGUGGAGAGGAACACGGUGGCGGUGCCGUCGGGUGGAUGGGUGGCCAUCAGAUUCACGGCCGACAAUCCAGGAGUGUGGUUCAUGCAUUGCCACUUGGAAGUGCACACCACGUGGGGGCUCAAAAUGGCCUUCCAAGUCGAUAACGGAAAGGGCCCAAAUCAGUCGCUCUUGCCGCCGCCUCAAGAUUUACCCACAUGCUCAUAAUUUUGAUUAAUUCACCCUAAAUUUGGAGAGAAUGUAUAUUUGUUUCUUUCUCGAGUAAAACUAAAUUGCUCGAGUUAUACCUUUGAUAAUUAUAUAAUAUACUUUGAAUUGUCGCAUUCUUUUCAUGAAUAUGCUAAAAGAUUUGAUUGUAAUGAUACGUGUAGUAUUGACUAA